CGAAGAACAAAACAAAAGAAAGAAGAGCCAAAGCCAUAACUGCACUAUCUAUAUAGUACAUAGCCUUUUAACUGCAAAAAAGAUACGCACACAGACACUUCUUAUUGAAAAUUUUCAGAUUAAAAUAUUAGAUUUGAAAGAAUAUUUUACUAUUUUUAAAGUAUAAUGGGAAGGGGGAAGGUAGAACUGAAGAGAAUAGAAAACAAGAUAAACAGGCAAGUGACAUUUGCAAAGAGAAGAAAUGGAUUACUCAAAAAGGCUUAUGAACUUUCAAUUCUUUGUGAAGCUGAAGUUGCUCUUAUCAUUUUCUCCAACCGUGGAAAGCUCUAUGAAUUUUGCAGUAGCUCGAGUAUGUCCGAGACACUUGAGAGAUACCAUAGAUGCAGUUAUCGCGACCUUGAAGCUGGUCAGUCUUCAAAGGAUUCACAGAAUAGCCACCAGGAGUAUAUGAAGCUGAAAGCAAGAGUUGAAGUGCUACAGCAGUCUCAAAGGCAUAUACUUGGAGACGACUUAGGAGAAUUAAACAUAAAAGAUCUGGAACAGCUUGAGCGUCAGCUGGAUUCAUCUUUGAGGCAAAUAAGGUCAAGAAGGACACAAAACAUGCUUGAUCAACUUUCUGAUCUUCAACAACAGGAACAAUCUCUUCUUGAAAUCAACAGAUCCUUGAGGAUAAAGUUGGAAGAAUACUCUGUAGCCCACCAAGCACAUUGGCAUACUGGAGAGCAAAAUAUACAAUUCAGACAUCAACCUGUUCACUCAGAGGGGUUCUUUCAGCCUUUACAGUGCAUUAAUACAGUGCCAAACAGAUACAACCUGGCGUCAUCGGAUACAAUAGAACCAUCAACACAGAAUGCUACUAGAAUUUUACCUGGAUGGAUGCUUUGAUAAGUUGAUGCAGUCAGAGAUUGGAAAAAAGAAACUAAUAAAUGUAAUUUCUCUCAUACAUACACUUGGAGUUUAGUUUCAAAAGACUACUGCUUGCAUGUUUUGUAAGCUGUUGAGUAUGCAAGGCAUAAUGAAAUACAUAUAGGUCAUGUAAUAAGUCAAAACACAACUUCAAUUUUAAUUUAGACUCAUCUUUCUUCCUUGUUUCAGUACUUUUCUUAUUGCCUUGCAUGGAAUUAA